CACAGAGUUUCCAAAAAAAAAAAAAUCAACAAGAGCAUCAUUGCUUCACUGUGCCGCACAUUCCAUUACAACCAUUGACCCAACCACAUACCGCCUACAUCCCUGAUUUCGCCUCAUACGAGGCGUAUUCCACGUAUUUUUAAAAGAAAAAGACAUCCCCAAAUUUCCACAAUGGCAAGUAAUGAAGACAAACCGGCGGCGAAAGAGGAUGAGAAUGCUGGAAGCUGGAAAGAUUCUAUCUUCAACCCAAGGACCGGAGAGUUUUGUGGGCGCACAGCGAAGAGCUGGGGCCUCAUUCUCCUGUUCUACCUGGUGUUCUAUGCAUUCCUGGCUGGGAUGUUCGUCCUCACCAUUUGGGUCAUGCUGCUGACACUGGACGACUAUGUGCCAAAGUACCGCGACCGGGUGCCACACCCAGGGUUGGUCAUCCGGCCCAAGCAAUUGGACAUGCUGUUUAACAAAUCCCAACCUCUCCAGUUUGCCCCGUAUGUCCAGACCUUAGAGUCUUUCCUGCAACAUUACAAUGACACGGAGCAGGAGAGGAAUGUGGCGUGCGCGGCGGGCGGCUACUUUGAGCAGGAGGGCGAGGUGGGCGAGCAGAGGAAGGUGUGUCAGUUCAAGAGGAGCGAUCUGAGCCUCUGCUCCGGCCUGUCCGACUCCACGUUUGGUUACACUGAGGGGAAACCCUGUGUCCUCCUCAAAAUGAAUAGGAUCAUUGGGCUGAAGCCGCGUGGAGAUCCCUAUGUCAACUGCACAGCAAAGAGGGGCACCCCCAUACAGAUGCAGUACUUCCCUAGUGAGGGGCGGUUCGAUAAAAUGUAUUUCCCUUACUACGGCAAUAAGCUUCAUGAGAGGUAUGUGCAGCCCCUGGUUGCGGUUAAGCUGUUGCUGAACAAGGACGACUACAACACAGAGCUGACCAUCGAAUGCCGGAUCGAAGGAUCUGACUUGCGCAACAAUGACGAUCGAGACAAGUUCCUGGGCCGUGUCACCUUCCGAAUCACAGUCAAAGAGUAGGGAGUAGCGAGGAGGAGGCUAGUGUGGAGAAGUGUGGUUCUGAUCUUCCCCAGGCGAUUCCUAUUAGAAUAAAAUGAGCCUAAUUCCAAACCAAUCCCUCCACCGUUGCUCCAUAUCCUAGGCGAGGGACAUUCAAAUCUGGUAUUUUUCAUACUGCCUUGGUAGUUAGUUCAUUGAUUGGCCAGAUAGUCUACUCAUCUGGUGUUACAGGUCAGUCUCUGGUUAGGUGUGAUAGGGAAAGCUUAAAAAAUAGCAGUGCUGUGAACCCCGAAUCCUGGAUUUUAAUAACUUUUAUUUUAGGUUCUUGUUCACGCGAUCUUGUAUUUCUGAUAGGGUUGGAUAUGUGUAAGCAUAGCAAGAGUGCUAGAUGGAGCAAUUAUCAUAUAAUAGAGGAUACCAUUCCUUUUAGAUCUACAUUACCUCACACCCAAAAAGGGCCUAGAAUAGUGCCUAGUGGUAGGGGGUGAGAGAUCGGUUUGGGAUUGGAUCAAAGAAGGAUAGGGCAUUGAUGUCAUCAAUUUUUAACUACUGUAUCUCCUGGAAAAACCGGUAAUCCUGCCAAAUUCAAUGGAACAUCUAGUUCCCUUGUUUGCUUCUAUGUUUACUAUAGUAUGGCAUCAUUUUUUUCCUAUCCUUCAUUAUCUCAUUCUAGCAGGAGUCUUUCACGACUCACCAACCGAACGGCCAUCAUUCCCUUCUAUUAGUCGGCUUUUGUUGUCUGACCCAGUGCUCUAGUGUUGAUCUAGGAUCAGAGGUUAUUUUCUAUUCCCAAUGGUUUAGAUUGGAGCUUAGAUGUGGUAAACUGAACCUAGAUCCAUGCUUAGUGCCAUGGGUUGGAUCAACAGUCAAGAGUUAGCCUCAAUCUGUAUUUCAGUUUCAUUCAUCCACUGCCAAUACAAUCAUGUUUACAGUUGACCCUCUCACCAACAAUUAUUCCUCAAAAUCACAUAGGGACCACUAAAUCAUAAGGUCAAAGACAGUUAAACACUGUCAAACCAAGAUGACCUCAACAAUUAAAUGUCUUUGAGAAACCUUUUCCUCUUGGGACCACAUUUUGAACUUCAUCAUAUUAUAAUAGGGAACUGUAGAUAAGUAUGUGUGCUGUGGUCUGAACACAACCCAGUCUUGUGCCGUCUGUCUGUCCGGCUGCAUGUCUAUGUGUCUGUUUACUUUACCCCUUACCUCGCCACUGUAAUAGCCAUUGUUUGGUGAGCGUUCGGAUGCAAAAUGGCUGCUGUGCAACACCCAGGUGGGUGCUAUACAUUGAUGGUGGAUGAGGGGAGUUAUCCUACCACACGUACACACACAUACACACCACAUCACUUAUACGUGCCGCAUGCACGCACACACCACCCCAACACACAACGCACACACACACAAUAUAAAACGCUUGGAGACCUGUGAGAAAGCGCUGUGUAAAUGCAAUCCAUUGUAUCUAUGUACUGUAUAUCCUUGUAUGUAUAUGUACCUAUCUUUGGGUCUGAAUGCUUGUCUGUUUGUCUAUAUAUUCUCUCUCCUACUCUCUACCGUCUGUGUCUUUCUCAAUGUAUAUAUUUAAUGGAUUCACACUGUAUUUUUUUUUCUGUCACAGAACACAGUGUCUGAGCACUGUAAAGAAAUAAUUUAAUAAACAAAUAUUUACAGGAUAUGAUCAUAUUCAAAGCUAUGUUUAUACAGUCUGAAAUGAAACCUACAUCUUGAAGGAACAACUUCAUAUGCAGAAUGCCUUAAGACCUGUGCAACAAUUAUGGAUUAAAAGGUGAUUUGGGAGAAAAAGAAUCUAA